AAUUUCUACCCAAAUAAAUACAAAAAAUAAAUUAAUUGAAUUAAACGGCUUGCGAGCACAUAGUUAAUCAUGGCGAGGUUUUGGCUGAGAGCAGGUUUUACUCUCUUGAUGAUUACUUUUUUACUGAAAGACAAUAUCACAACAGCCCAGAUUUCCUCCGUUUUCGUAACGCAGAUGACGCAAAUAACAAACCACAGGAGCACUUCCGGUGCUCUGAGCGAACUGCAAGCCCGGGGUAUAACACAAUGUGCAAUGGAGUGCAACCAUGCUGUAGAAUGCAGAUCGUUUUUCUACAACAAACAGGAUACAGUGUGCCAACUACAUGACGUUUUGUUUGAGAACUACGACACGCUCACCUACAUCUAUCAAACUAGAUAUUACAUAAUGAAUGAGGUACAGUCAAACUUCACCUGUCCACCUUCACCGCCACCUGCUGAAUACACCGCAGUUUUGUUGUCCGAUAACACUGUCUUUUCAUACAGAAUAAUAUGGGGUAAGAAGGAAAAAACCAAAGCAAUUGAUGACUGUGUCGCCGAUGGUGCCGGGCUAGUUCGAGUCCUGUCCUUGGCGAAAAUGCAGACGCUGGUAAAUCUGUUCACUACAUGUCCAGGUUACCAGGGUACGGAUAACUAUUGGAUUGACGGGAGCAACAUAAACGCAGUUGAUUUCUUUAACAUCACGCAAUGGGAAACAUCUCUCAGUGAACCCUUACCGACAACCAAUCAGUUUUGGGCUCCAGGAUGGCCAUUAGAUCCGGAUAAAGACCAAUGUGCCGUCCUCUCGGCAUCUGAUGGCUACCGAUGGACCAAUGCUAAGUGUGCGUACCCUUCAAAAUUCUACUUCAUUUGCGAGGAGUGAGAGCAUCACGUUUUCAUCGAUUCCUCACAACAAUAUUCAAUCGGAUUCAAAAUAACACUUUUUGACGUUAUUCUUUAAUUAAGGUAUUGGACCAGAAAUGACAUUCGGUAAAUUACGUGUUCUUCACAUGUGAUUUUCGGUUUUUACGAAAAUCCUCUGCGCGUUGAUCUAUAUUUGCGCCCGAAGAAUACCGAAUGACCCAGCGAAAAUACGUAAUAACACGGAAAUUACCGAGUGUAAUUUCGGGUCCGUCAUCUUAAAUUGAUAUGAAUGUUAUAAGUUUUCAGAUGCUACAUCUUCACCAGCCACGUUUGAAAAUUUUAAGUGAGGUACUGAUGAGUGAAUUAUAAUUAGAACUUUCAUAAGAUUUUUUUUCCUGUCAUUUAUUGCUUACAUUUCCACGUUCACGCUUUUUACCUGCGUAACGUCAUAACUUUCAAUGUAUGUGUUAUUAUUACAGUAUUCCAAGUUGAUGGGUUGUAUUGUAUCGUUGGGAUAUGAAUACAGAACAUUAGUAUUUUUGAUAUUAUUUUAUAUCUGUUUUAUUUAUUCAGUCGUAAACGUUUAUUUGCAACACGUGACCGUACAAUAUAUUACCGUAUAGGACGCUCGUGCGAAUUUAAAUCGGGUGAAGUAGGCGCUCUAUGUACAGAGCUUAUUUAUGCGUCUUGAAAUCAGGAUUAUUGGAAAAUACGUAAAAAGGCUGAAUACAAUAUUCAGUAAA